GUUUUGCAAAGCCACUGGAGCUACAUACAAACAUGUGCCGACUUACUUCAACAAUGAUUACCGGAGCCUUGGUGUUGGCAACGCUUUGGAAAGAAACCACUUCUUUCACCAUCCAUCGAUUAAACGACGCCUCCCAUCUUGACGAUUCCCACGAAACGCUUUUCAACAGACAACACACAUCAGGUGCAGCUGUAGGGUUGGCCAGUCUAGACGGCCAACUCAAUCACAGCUCAGAGGAGGACGUCCACAGCUCAUCGGCGGAACAUCGAUUAACUAAACGCAGCACUGUUCGUCAGUUAACACCGGAAGAAUGGCAACUCAUCGUCCAGCACGAUCGUUUCGAUUCUUCGGAAGAAGUGGACAGGCUCUUCCUCCAGGAAAACAUCCAAACCAACGCCGAUUUCCAAAGAUUCUUGGCCAAUCGACAGUGGACCAGAGAUGUCAGCGACGAGUUGCAGGGAAGCUGGGAAGUGGAAGACGUCGAGCUGUUAAAGAAACUCUUUGGAGAUGCUUGGGAGCCGGUCAAGGAUAGAAGGUUCGAUCACACGUCAGUCGAAGAUCUGAUGGAAGUUUGGCUCCAUCAGAAUAAUGCGCAACGAUUGCCGCGGGAUGAAAGGCUUUAAGCUUCUAUGUAGAUUGUUUAACGUUUUUACUUUU